AUUUCUGUCAUUUACUUACAAAUUUCUUUUAUCGUCCUCAUUUAAUUGUCCAAGCGGUCCACUACUGCUCAAGAUAAGUGAACUUAUCAAGAAAAUGUUGGUGGACACACCGAUCUCUCACGGCAAGGCGACGAUCCGGCUUAUCAACCCGAACCAGUCGAGGGAGGAGACGUUGUUGGACAUGAUCACGGCGAUCGACACGUUGGCGACGAUUUCGGCGGACAUCUUCUCCUCCAUCAAGGGCCGGCUGGACGAGCAGCGCAAUCAUCUCGCCGCGCUCGAUGGCAGGGUCAACGUCGCCGCGGAGAGGGUCGAACAGGUUCGAGGUUCGGCGAAAGCGAUCCGGAUAAUUUCCACGGCCAAGUUUCCCUCCGAGGAAGACGACGACAUGAAAUCGCACCUCAAGCCGAUGACGAUUAUUCCGACGAGGAGUGACACGUGGUCCCCCACAAUUUCUGGCCCCCGGACCAGCCUGCCUACCCGCUUCGACGCCCCGAUUCAACACCCGGACGACCUGCUGGCCUGUUUUCAUGUCCGUGACGUCGCCGUGUCGCCGCUCGGGGUGGCCUUGGCGGAAACCGGGUUGGAUCACGCGCCCCCGUCGCUGCGCCAUGUCGACUCGUUCCUCCUCUUCAACACGACGGAGAACCCGUAUCGGCACUAUCGCCUACCCGGAAAAGCGGGUAGAAUCAGCAAUAAGCAUCAGCAUUUAAGGAGAGACGACAAUUUUCUGGAGACGACGACGACGCCGUCGCCGCGACCACCGGAGACCUCGUCGCCACCAAAGGCGAGCAAACUGGACGAUUUUUACUACUCCCCGUCAACCCUGAGCAUUCCGGAUAUCGACGUUCCCGACCAGCUGCCAGACUUGGAAGGCAUCGUGGAUCACCUGGAUUACUUCCCUUCUCUGAAUGAAAAUGAGGCUGGCUUGGGAUUUUUCUCCUUCAGUCCGACCCCCACGACCGUAGAACCACCACCCGCUCCACCCACCGCGCCCGCGCCCACCGCGACCACUUCUUCACCAAGUAAGACCAUCGCUCCCACCAGCAUUCCGCCACCCUCUGCCGCCGCACCGCCACCACCCCCGCCCCCACCGACGCAAGCUCCCCCUCCCCCAAAGUCCGUGGGUGGAGGAGGAGGCGGCGGAGAUGACGGACGUUCCUCGCUGAUGGCGGCGAUCCGUGCGGCUGGCGGGGCGGAGAAGGCCACCCUUCGUUCCGCGCAGGAGAGGAAGUACGACGCCAAGAAGAAGAAGAAGGAAGACGCCGCGGCAGCAGCGGCCGCCGCAGCAGAAGCAGCCGGCGACGCGACCGGAGGAACGGGUGGUGGAGGGAAACCACAGGGGCUCGAUCUUAUGGCGGAUCUUAAGAACUCGUUGGCCAUGAGGAGAAAGGGUAUUUCCGGAAUUCGUGUGGAACCUCGUGGUGGAGGCGGAGGAGGUGGGAAGUCAGUCGGCGGGGGCGUGGGGGACAUCAUGACCCGACUCUCGAGCAUCAUCCCGUCCAAGGAGGACGACGACGACGACGAGGGUGGCGACGAAUCCGAAGAUGAGGUCGAGAACGACGACUGGGACUAAAGAGCAGCAGUAUCGUUAGCUUAUCUACACCGCUUAUCAGAAAAGGUUCCGUGCCCAAAAAUAUUCUUGUCAUCAUUUAAAUAAAAAUAAAUUUAAAUUUAAUAAAUUAUGUACACCUUUCUUCUAUGAAAAACCACCAAAACGCA